AUGUCUAAAGAAAUUGAUCCAUGCGGGUGCAACGACACUGAACCUACUCGUGAGUUAGUUCUUUGUUUCGAUGGCACCGGAAAUACCUUUCGUGCAGAUGGGAGCGAAACCAAUAUCCUCAAGAUCUUCCGUAUGCUUGAUCGAACCAAGGAUAACAGAUACUGUUACUAUCAGCCUGGCAUAGGAACCGAUGUUACCGCCGGAUCGUUUGCAAGUCUAGCAUACCAGCCCUUCACCAAUCUUCCGACCAAAAGAAUUGUCGACCAAGCAUUGGCAACAUCAUUCAACGAGCACGUUAUCUCAGGCUAUCGCUUCCUCGCCCGCCGAUGGGUCCCCGGGUCCAGAAUCUAUCUAUUUGGCUUUUCUCGAGGAGCAUAUACAGCCCGUUUUCUGAACGAGAUGUUGGACUAUGCUGGACUUAUCUCCGCCGACAACGAAGAAACCAUUCCUUUUGUUUGGGAGGCGUUCAUCAGAUACAAGUUUGCGGAUGCCGGCAAGGAAAGGGAUGACGCAGAAGCGUCGCUGCGACUCAGUCGAGAAACCAUGUGUCGGUCGCCCGGACUGGUCCAUUUUCUCGGACUUUUCGAUACUGUCAAUAGUGUCGCAGAGUUCAACCGCGAUGUCAGCAAGGACAACGAUAUUCAGCCGAGCCCGAAGAUCAUGCGACAUGCGGUUAGUAUCGAUGAAAAAAGAAUCAAAUUCCAGCCCGUGCUAUUCGAUCCGCCGCCCAUCGGCGGCAUGAAGGCCAGGACACAUCAUGUCAGUACCUGGGCUGCAAAUGGGGAAGCUAUUAUCUCCGGCCUUCCUCACCCCGUGGUCAAGGGGGACUUUGAGGAGGUGUACUUUGCGGGAGACCACAGUGAUGUUGGGGGUGGGUGGCCGUCCCUUAAGACAAAGGCUAGCCAGAUACCCCUUAUGUGGAUGGUGCAGGAGGCUAUCAUGGCCGAUCUCACCUUUGACCCGAUCCAGCUCAAGAAGCAUGGGUGCUUCGACCCAAGAAUAGAGGACUACGAUCCCGACAUUGUUCAAGCUGCCGAACAAGCCGAGAUCCAUGACUCGCUGGGCUACGAUUUCGGGAGGGGGCUCGAGGUUCUCUUCUGGCGGAUGAUGGAAUACAUGCCCUUCAAGCGUCCAAAGGUCUCGCCCGACGGGGAAGUCCAUGAAACCAGAUGGCACGGCCGUGGCUUCCGAAGGCCACUUCCGCCGGCAGCCAAAAUCCAUUCCAGUGUGCUUCAUCGAUUACAUUAUGAUCCUGAAUACAAACCCUACAAUCUCGGAAUGGGGAACAAGGGCACAGCGAAAGAGCAGGACGACGAGCAGCGUGAGAUUGGGCAGUGGAGACGAAUCGCGCACGGUAAGCUCUGUGAAUACUGGGUGAAAUUGCCUAGGAAUGGGAAGUGA